AUGGGCGAUUCGAACACUGCCAUUCGGGUAGCCAUCAUUGGCGGUGGGUUAACGGGUGUCACUCUGCUUAGAGGUCUGAUGCGUUACCGCCAUAUAGCAGCCGAUCUGUACGAGUCGCGACCUUCUUUCAAAGAAGAGACGCCUGGCAUUGAGCUAAGUGCGCUUACCCAAGACAUCCUCCAGCUGAUCGACCCAUCGAUACUGUCCUGUCUUGAUCGCUCCGGGGCUAUAUACACCACCGCAGACUGUUAUAUUGCCACUGGACCUCUGGCAGGGCAGCGUGUCGAUUUCACUGGGCAGUCGAACAUAGAUCGUACUGUCAGUCGUCAAGCUCUCCUGACAGAAUUGCUGGAGGGCAUUCCACCGAGAAUGGUUCACCUAAAUACGAGAUUAGACUCUAUUAUGGAAGGGUCUCCGGGCAAGGGUCUCACCUUGAUCUUCUCGGACCGAACUCAGAAAAGAUACGAUGUAGUUAUCGGCGCUGAUGGGAUUCAAGGAAAGACCCGAGCUCACGUCGUCGGCCCAAAGGAUCCUGCUCAAGUGCCCAAGCCUUCUGGUUUUUGGAAUUUGCCGAUUAAAGUUUCCGUGAACCGGGCACGACAAAUGAUUGGAGCAGAGAACUUCGACUCGACAAAUCCUCGACAAGUGACUUGGAUUGGACAUGGUACGACGAUGCAGCACAACUUGAUUAAUGCUAGCAAAGAUGUGCAAAUAUCAAUCACCGGUACUUUUGACGGCACGAACGAGGAGUUCGCCUGGGCAAAACUGUUUUCGCCUGAGGAAUUCCAGCAAAUAUUCUCCCAGAAUAUGCUUCCGCCAUGUCAAGGUAUGGUCAAGCUUGCUCAGAGUGUCUAUACGAUACAAAUCGCGGGUAUUUGCCAGAUACAACACGUGCCGACGCGGACUUACACCUCUAAGAAUGUAGUUCUUAUGGGUGAUGCAGCUCAUGGGAUGCUGUCAAGUCAUGAGGCCUUAUCAGGUCUAGCCUUUGAAGAAGUUUUGAUUCUAGUCACUCUGUUAGGACGGACCACGUCGAGAUCCAGCAUUUCCUCAGCACUUCGCGCAUACGAUGAAGUGUGUCGACCUCGAGCGGAAACCGUGAUCAGCGCUGCACAUGACAUUAGUCUUCUUAUGACGGGACGGGCUCCUGGUAUUGGUCUAAACCCAGUGCCUCUCGCGGAAGCGUUGAGGCAGAAAUGGGGCAGCAUCGAGAACCUCAAUCUGAAUGCACAUUGUAUGGCGGCAUUGGGGGCAAUGAAUCGUAACUCCCCACCCAUGGAACAGUGGCAGUGA